AUGGAUGUUUGUGAGGAGCCGCCUCAACAGAAAUCUAACAGGAUGUUGCUCCACAGCCACAUGCGCUGAUGGUUAGGUGAACUAGCAUGAUUUUUCAAAACUGUCUGGGUCUCUCGACCUUUAUCUGAGAAAGCCGACGUUCUGCAGUUACAGGGAGGAACAUGCAAGGGGUGCUCUCACCAUCAACAUGGCCCACUCUGACCUCAGCAUGACCAACCAUACCAACAACAGCUGUGUGUUUAACGAAAACUUUAAGUUCAUUCUCCUUCCCGUCAGCUAUGCUCUGGUCUUUGUCGUUGGCCUGGCAUUGAACGCCACGGCUCUCUUUGUGAUCGUGUUCCGCACCAAGCACUGGAAGCCCUCCACCAUCUACAUGUUCAACCUGACGAUGUGCGACACGCUCUACAUCUUUACCCUGCCCUUCCUCAUCUACUACUACGCCGACGAGAACGACUGGCCCUUCAGUGAGCCGUUCUGCAAGCUGAUACGCUUCCUGUUUUACGCCAACUUGUAUGGUUCUAUAUUGUUCCUGUGCUGCAUCAGUCUCCAUCGGUUCGUCGGUAUCUGCCACCCCGUCCGCUCCCUCAGCUGGGUCAGUGCUCGUCGGGCCAGGCUGGUGUCGGUGGCGGUGUGGGCCUUCGUCUUAUUCUGCCAGGCUCCAGUUCUCUACUUCUCCAGAACAAGGGAUCAAAAGACAGAGCGAGUCUGCUACGACACCACCAGUCCGGAGCUUUUCGACGACUUCCUGGUGUACAGCUCCGUUGUGUCGGUGCUGAUGUUUGCCCUGCCCUUCAUGGUGGUGAUGGUUUGCUACGGCCUCAUGGUCCGGAAGCUUCUGGAGCCCCACUGGGGGUCUGACCACGGGGCUGAAGGUGGAGGAGGGGGUCGAACGGCCCAACGGUCCAAGCAGAAGUCGGUGAAGAUGAUUAUUAUUGUGCUGGCAGCGUUCAUGCUGUGCUUCCUGCCGUUCCACCUCACCCGGAGUCUGUACUACUCAUUUAGAUACCUGAGACAGGUCAAUCCGUCACAGAUCAGCUGCUCUUUGCUGGAGUCUGCCAGCGUGGCCUACAAGGUGACGCGGCCAUUGGCUAGCGCCAACAGCUGCGUGGACCCCAUCCUUUACUUCCUGGCGGGGCAGGAUGCUCGCAGCAAUCUCACCAAGAAGACCAAACUGUCCUCACUGAAACCCACAAUGACUCGGUGCCUGACAACAAAACUCUGAUCCCCUGUCUGAGAUUCCAGCGAAUUCGACUCUAAAUCCUAAACAGCCUGUUAAGCUGCUCUGACACCGGGAACAUCUUCAUGAAGAAUAAGUUUUUGUUUUUUUAUUAGAAUAACUGUCCAGUUAAUUCAAAUAAAAAUAAAAAUAAAGUGUUGUGUUGGUAUUCAGCCCCAUGGGGUCCACACUUGGUGGAACGACCCUUCUUUGCAGUUACAGUAUUAAGUCUUUUUGGGGUACGUCUUUACCAGCUUUGCACUUCUAGACACUAAUGUUUUUCCAAAUUCAUCUUUGCAAAACAGCUUAAGCUUGGGAUGUUUGGAUGGAGAGCAUCAUCAAUGUCCAUAUCUUUCCACAGAUUUUCAUUGUGACUCAGUUCCAAGAGGUUCAUGACAACUUCUGCAGAGUUACUAUGGGUAUUUGGCAGGUUUGCUCAUCUCAUUUCUGCAUGAUGCAGAUGGUGGACUGAAGGGAGCUUUCUGAGACGGUAAAAGCUGGAAAUGUAACUUUUGGUUUCUGCUGUAAGCUGCACAUCUGCUGUGUUCCUUGGUCUUCAUGAUGCUGUGUGUUCACCAAUGGUCUCUAACAAACCUAUGAGCACAUCUGGAUUUAUACUGAAAAUAAAAUGCACUUGUGCAGCCUCUAUUUACUAAUAA